AUUAGCAACCGUGACGGGCUGGACUGACCCAACAUGUAUUUCUCUCUCGGCAACGGAACAUGCACAAACAAUACCAGUGGUUUCAGUAGCACUACUGAGUUGGCAUCAUCUAUUUUAUCACCAAUGGAAUCGAUUGGCGGCGUUUUGUAGCUCUUGCUGGCGUUUCAUAGUUUUCUUGCUGUGGCUGGUGAAGCUGAAGAUGGACUGGUUCUGCAGUUUUUGCCUCAGCAUUGCUGCCUCCCUUUGCCAGAACUAUCAAGUGCAAAAGGUGGAUUCAAUGUUAACCUCAGAUAACUCAAUCAACAUGUCUAGGACUCUAGAUUGAUUUGACGAGCUGUUCUCCAGGUUGAAACAGUAUAAGAAUGUAGGCUUCACAGUGUGGGAUGUAGGAGGAGAAGAGAAAUUAAGGCUGCUAUGGAAGCAUUACUUCAAUAAUACAGAUGGACCGGUAAGAAUGUAGUCUUCAUGAUAGUUCUCAUGUAUUGUAAAUGUUUUUUCAACAGGGAAUCCAUCUUCAACAUAGCUAUUCAUUCAGCUCAUCUUCUUUCAGGCCAUCAUUGGAGAUCUUUUAUUGACUUGAUUUGAGGAUUUAAUCACCUAAACUUAUAAACUGAUUUUCGCAGUGUAUUUUUGGACAUUUUUUAUGUUGAACACUGCAAAAGGACUCUGCAAUAGUCUCUUUGAUGUGGACUUAACCAUAGCAUUGAAAGAUUGGUUAUUUGCGCUUGACGGCCACAGAACAAUGUACAAGGGCAGCGAUUACACAAUGACAAAGGUCUUGGUAGAGAAGAGAGACGACAAGUGGAAAAAAUUUGUGCAGGUUGGUGUGGAAGGUCUGCAGAUCUUAAAGACCCAGGCACAAAAGCGUAUCCUUCAGGAUGGAUUACCUCUAGAAGGACCCAAAGAGGCUGUUGACUCAUCUGGUGGGAUAAAUUUGGAAUAUAGCAUAGUAAUCUCUCAAGACGAUGUCAAUUUGGAGAUGGUGAAGUGGAUGGUGGAAAACUUCAAAGUCUCUGUUAAUCAGCCGGAUGAGUUGCAACACCUUGCUGUUCUGUGCAAGUCUUGAGUUGAUUCAAUGGGUUGCAUAUCAAUGGGUCAAAUAGCUGCUGGUGUACCUGAAGCUGGAGGGAUCGAUUGGAGAGGCAGCCAUCAAUCAACUAAGCAGCCUAGGUAUGAUCCUCUUAUACUUAUGUGAUCUGGUGUUUUCUUUUUGCAUCUUUCCCUUAGUAUAUGAGUUAACCUUCCAAGCAAAUUGAUGGCUUUGGUUAAUUCCGCCAUGCAGCUACAAGAAUUUCUAAUUAUUGAAUACCUUGCAUCUGGCCAUUCCAUGGAGAGUAUAUUAUAUAUUUGCAUUUUUUUCUAGGAUGCUAUUCAAAGUUUAGGGACUUGAAUGAAAUUUCUUCAAGAGUACAAGUUGUUCUUUUGCAAAAGGAGAGUUUGGUCACAAUAUAGGGGCAUUAGAAGAAUCGCACACUUGUACUGAUAUUUGGAGUGUUGAUCG